AUGAUAAUGAUUAGAUCAGAUCCCGGGUCCUGGUAUCUUGAUCUGAAAUCUGGCAGCGGAAGUGCAGGCCCAGUUUCUGCAGGACAAAGCGCCGCUGAAUUCGAUGUCAGGUUUGAGAUGUCUAGUGAAGAUUUUAAUAAAAUGUUUAAUGGUCAAAUGAGCCCAACCUUAGCCUUCACUCAUGGAAAUAUGACAAUUGAUGGUGACAUUUUCUUGGCGCUCAAGUUAGACAAAAUAAUGAAAAAGCUGUUUUAA